ACCAAAACCCUUUUCCGUCAAACACCAAAAAAUCUGCAACCCUUUUUCAACCCAACCCUCCCCUCCCCUCCCCUCCCACACUCACGGCCGCCAUGAUUUCUAGAGCGAGAAACACACCAAUCUAGAGAGAGAAACCUAACCAUGGACCCUCACAGCUUCAUAGCCCGAGCCGAGGCCCAACGCUGGCUCGGCAUCGCCGAAAAACUCCUCAUCAGCCACGACCUCGUCGGCUCCAAAACCUUCGCAAUCCGAGCCCGAGAAUCCGACCCGAGACUCGAACCCGCCGAACAGAUCUUAGCGAUUGCAGACACGCUCCUCGCCGCUGAGAAACGAGUCGUCGGAACCAACGGUUCUCACCAACCGGACUAUUACGCCAUUCUCCAACUCGUCCGGUUCGUUCAGGACACCGAACACAUCUCCGCUCAGUACCGCCGGCUCGCCGUUUUGUUGAAUCCGCACCAGAACCGGUUUCCGUACGCCGAUCAAGCGUUUCAGCUUGUGAAUGAUGCGUGGGCCGUGUUGUCGAAUCCUAUGCGCAAAUCGAUGUACGAUUCGGAUCUGGAUUAUCCGCAACAGCAGCAGAUGAAUAACCUAGGGUUUAAUAUUGAACAACAACAACAACAGCACCAGCAGCAGCAUCACCAGCAGCAACAGCCGCAUAACUUCUUCUCGAUUAAUCAGGAGUUGCCAGAUCAGCAGCAGACGUUUCAAUCUAGGUUACAUCAGCAGCAGCAACAACAGCAGCAGCAUCAGCAAUUGCAGCAGCAUAACUUUUUGUCGCAACCGAAUCCGGUUCGGCCGCUACCGGUUCGAGAACAGGAGCAUAUGUUUCAGCAUCGUGAGCAGGAGCAUUUGUUUCAGCCGCAGGUGCAGCCGUUUCAGGUUACGUCUCCGCCGCAUCAGCAGAGUCGAGUGUCGCCGCAGCCGAAUCAACAGCAGUCGCAUAUACAGUCUCCGCCACAAUCUCCCUUUUCGUGGCCGGGACAAAUGUCGCAGCAGAAACCGCAACAGUCGCAGUUUCAGCAUCAUCAGAUAAAGCAGGAGCAGCAUCAGCAUCAUCAGAUAAAGCAGGAGCACCAGAUGAAGCAUGAACAGCAGCUGCAGCAGCAGAUGAAGCAGCAACAAGAGCAAUUGAAGCAGCAGCAAUUGCAACAGGAGCAAUUGAAGCAGAAACAGUUGCAGGAGGAACAAAGGAAGCUGCAACAGAUGCUCGAGGAACAAAGAAAGCAACAGCAAAUGCUUGAGGAACAACGAAAGCAGCAACAGAUGCUUGAGGAGCAACGGAAGCAACAGCAGCUGCUCGAGGAACAGCGGAAGCAACAACAGCUGCUCGAGGAACAACGGAAGCAACAACAGCUACUCGAGGAACAACGGAAGCAACAGCAGCUGCUCGAGGAACAACGGAAGCAACAGCAGAUUCUGGAGGAACAACGGAAACAACAACAGCUUCUGGAGGAGCAACGAAAGCAACAACAGCUGCUCGAGGAACAACGAAAGCAGCAACAGCUGCAAGAGGAGCUGCGAAAGCAGGAGGAACAACGAAAGCAACAACAGCUGCUGGAGGAACAACGUAAACAACAACAGCUGCUGGAAGAGCAACGAAAGCAACAACAGCUGCAAGAGGAACAGCGAAAGCAACAACAGCUUCUGGAAGAACAGCGAAAGCAACAACAACUACAGGAGGAACAACGGAAGCAACAGGAACAACAACAGCAAGAAUCUUUAAAACACAAUGCAGCUCCUGUUCAACCUCCUGGUCAGGUUAAUAGUAACAAUGGUGUUAGAGAGGAAGAAACAGAAACAGAGGCAGAAACGGAACCUGUGGACGAUUCUCCUACGUUUUGGACUGCGUGUCCUUACUGUUUCUACAUGUAUGAGUAUCCCCGUGUUUACGUGGAGUGCACUCUCCGUUGUGAUAACUGUAAACGGGCGUUUCAGGCUGUCCAUAUCUCCGCUCCACCACCCAUAAUUGAAGGCCAGGAUGCAUACUUCUAUUGUUGGGGGUUCUUCCCAUUAGGGCUUUCAAUGCCACAGCUUCAAGGAAACAAGGGUCCAAACUCAAAUUGGACACCGUUUUCAUCGUUACAUAAUGCCUCAAAUAACACACAGAACCAUUUAAAUGAGCAGGCGGCCCCGAAGGCGAAUCCUUUUGUUAACAAAAGUUCGGGGCCGCGUAUCUACAUUGAUGAUAUUACUGACGAUGUGUUUAUCGGAGUCUCUGAUCCAAGCUCUGAUUCCGAUAUUGAAUGGAAUGGUACCAAGAAACAGAAGUCGAAGAGGGUGGAUAAAGGUUUUAAGAGGGUGGAUACAGGUUUUAAAGAGAGAAUACAAGUUCUAGCUCUUAGAGCGAUGUAUACCAACGGGAGUGAUCAGAAUCUGAAACACGGUGUUUCGGUGCAAGAUCGUGUGGAGGUGCCUACUGUGCUAGUGGUUGAGACUAACAAGAAAAAUGCAGGUAGUAAUCCAAGAACGCGAUCGGGUCGGGUCGCACAAGAAAUGGGGAAGUUGGAUUUAAAUGUGGAGUUCAAUAACAAUGAAAGGGAAGAGGCUGCUCGGACCCGUGCGCACGAGCAGGGAGAAGACAACUCUGAAGGUGUUGAAUUUUUUGAAGGGCUUGAUGAGUAUCUUAGUAGUUUGCCAAUACUCUCUGCUGUGAAUGAAGAAAAGGUAAAGGUUGCUUAGUUCUGAAGUAAGUGUCUGUUUUUUUUUAUGCUGUAGCUCUUGUUUGUUGUAGUCGUCUUUAUAUUUUCGGAUAACGAACUAUGUAGGCAGUUGGGUAUCUUUGUUGUUAUUGCUGUCAUAUAUUUUGUUGUAUAUCUGGCUGCAAAAUGUGUUUGAUAGCCCUUUGUUUCAUCUAUGUAGACUUCCAACUACCAUUUCUAUCACUAGCGUCAAGUAUUUAACUUA